AUUUGCUGAAAUUCGCUGUAGUUCUUCCUAUUUUAUCGUGAUUCUUUAUAUUUGAGCGCUUUUUGUGGAAUUUACAAAGGCUUUGACGCUCAAUUCUAAUGCUAAACCGGAUGACAUUUCGCCCCAUAUUCCCGAUUAAGAGAGAGUCUACUGUAACUUCUCAUUUUAUCAGACUUGCUACCCUCCUGAUUUAAAAUCUCAGUUUGAAAUCGCUUUCCUGUAAAAUUGACUUAUUCGUUUCAUAUUUUGUGCUGUCGAAUUUAUGGUGACAUAUUUUUAGCAAAAUUUAUAGAUUUAGAAUACUAUUGAAUGGAGCCAUCGAAAUAUUUCUAAUCUAAUUUAAAAUUGAAUGAAAUGUUUCAUUGAAUCUACGAAAUAUGCCUGAAACCCAAAGGUUUCAUGAAACAUAUUUUAGCGGGAUUUAGUGGAUUUCAUUGAGAAUCACUCUGCUGUGGCACUACUACGAGGAGUGCCGUUCUAGUGGCAAAAUAACUUGGGUGUCACAAGUAGUUGGAACGUUGUGUGAGUUUGUAGUGUUAUGCUCUUGGCUCUUUUCUUAGCAUGUCAAGAGCAAUAUUGUUAAGAAAUAUUCCAGAAAUUAGAAAACAGUGCAUUUAGAACCAUAAGUGAUUCCCUAGAUUUCACACAAUGUUGGGCUAAAUGGAGUGAAAAGUCUGUGAAAUCCUCCCUUUUGAAGUGAUAAACACGAGUUUUGUCGUGCAAUUUUGAGGCUUUUGGAAGGAAAGAAAACAGAGUGUUUGUUUGAGGAGAAAAUGCCAGAUUCAGAGAGGGACACAGUGACCAAGGAGUGGCUCCAGGCAGAGCUGAGGUCAGCCACGAGAGAUCUCAUAAUAUUGGAUUGUCGCAGCACGAAUUUAUAUGCAGAAUGUCACAUUCGUUCGGCUGUAAACUUUUCCAUACCCAGCAUAAUGCUGAGGCGCCUGGCAGCUGGGAAGAUUGACAUUACGUCCACGAUCAAGUGUCGUAUUCUAAAGCAGAGGAUCAUUAAUGGGUACAAGGAGGGUAUCUUUGUCCUGUAUCACGACGCGGAUGCAACAAAUGACACAAUUAAUGUGUUGCAUCGUCGACUCAAACAAGAUGGCUGCCAUGUUGUAUGUCUCGAAGAAUCCUUUGGGAGCUUUAGAUCUUCAUUUCCAGAAUGGUGCGAGGAGUCGUCAGACAGCAAUGUUGAUGCCAAAAUGACUCAUGGUGGACAAACACCAGCUGAACAACUCAUGGGAUUGAGAUCCCUGCGGAUUUCUACGCCACAAUCAGACUCUGCUUGCAGUAGUUCUGCCGAGUCGUCGGACUGUGAAAGUUCAACGCAUUCGCACAGUAUCACCUCAAAUGGGGCUCCAGUGGAAAUUCUUCCGGGACUCUUUCUCGGUAAUGCAUCGCACAGUGAAGAUUCCAGGGCACUACAGAAAUAUAAUAUUCAGUAUGUGUUGAAUGUGACACCGGAUCUGCCAAAUGUGUUUGAAGGUUCUGGUGGUAUUCAGUACCUUCAGAUUCCCAUCACUGACCACUGGAGUCAGGAUGUAGCCGUGUACUUUCCCACGGCUAUUCAGUUCAUCGAGGAGGCACGCACGAAGGGAGCUGCUGUACUUGUCCACUGCCUGGCUGGUGUCUCACGCUCCGUUACUGUGACACUGGCAUAUCUCAUGCACGCACGUUCACUCUGCCUCAAUGACGCCUUCUCACUGGUGCGAUCCCGCAAACCCGACGUCUCACCCAAUUUUCACUUUAUGGAGCAGCUGCACUCCUUUGAGCGUCAGCUCAAAUCAACGCCAACGGGACGUCCGGGAAGUGCUGUGGGCGAUGCACCGCAGCAGCCACUUCUGGCCAGGACGACACGUGCCACCAAGUACUCGUGUGCGUGCAUUGAGGUGGAGUGCAAGUGCAUGCAGACGGAUUUUUUAGCCACAACAACUGGAGUGAGUCCAGAUUCGGGCAUUGAGUUCGAUCGCUGGACACCGGGAGACACAGAGACGCCCAAAUGAGGCCGGCUCGUGGGGAAGAGUUUCGUGUUGCCCAGUGUUGAGGACACAGAUGAGACCAAUACCAAUGUCUCUGACGAUUGAAAUCAAUGCAAAUGACUGUCAAUCCGAAUAAUCUGUGGAUUCACCAUUCUCCCCAAGUUUUAUUUUAUUUUAUUUUUUUUUAUUUUGGGGGAGUCAAGAAAAAAAAGCCAGUAUGGGCAAGUGCACGAAAUUCUUUGCCUGCGUGAAAAUCGUAGUUUGAAAAAAGGGAAAAAAAGAGAAGGAAAGAAAAUGAAAAAAGGAAAAAAAACCUACCUACCUUACAAUUCUAAAAUAAGCAAGAGGGGAAUUUUCUCAUUCAAUACAUUUUCUUUUUUUUUUCUUUGGUCGACCGAAGAACUUGUGAGCAAUAUGCACAAAUCCCUCUGAUAAAUCUGCAAUUGGAAAAUGAAUAAAAUUCCCAGUUGAAUGGUGAAAUGAUUGAAGGUCAAAGGGGGGAAAAUUGCAGAAAUAUAUAAAUUUAUUGAGAAAACGUACUAAAAAAAGCAGGUGUUGUGAUUCAGUAUUGAUCUGAUAAAAAAAAAACGUGUAGAUAUGAAUUUUGGUUUAGGGGAAAAUAAUUCAACAGGUUUGCUGGAAGAAAUCAGUGCAAGAAAAUGAAUUGAAGGAAUUUAUGUUUUUCCUUUUCAGUUUUUAAAUUUUUUUAUCCAGAAAUUAAUCCGCAACUGCCAUUAGAAAUAGAAAUUCUGUUCCAGUGAUAAUUUGUUCAUCGAUGGACAAAAUGAAAGAUCUAGUUAAUUUCUACAUUUUCUUGGAACAUCGCUACUAGUUCGCAAAAAUCACCGCCAGUCGAAAAACAUUCUAUUUCUUUGAAUUUUUGAGAUUUAAUAUUUCAGAAUUUCAAUUAUAGAAUUCGAUUGAGUUUCACAAAGUUAUAGCUAAACACGGGAUACUUCUUUUACAAAGAAAUAUUAAAAAAUUUAAUUUAAACAGAUCAAACUAAUUCCGAGCAAUUUCCCAGGAGACACCAUCCAAGAUACAAUUCAUUGUAAAGCCAGUGAUAAGCCUAGAUUAGCUUAUAGAGGUGCGAUUCCUUCAUUGAAAAUUUGGAUUGUGGCAAACCCGAACGAUAUUUAUACAUAAAUAAUGCAAAUUUCGUUUAAAUUGUAUGUAACUUAUUAUCGUUAUUAAUGAGGAAAAUUGGAUGAGAAAUGCAUAAAAGUGUCUAAAAAUCUUUAAAGUCGAUUAUCUAGGAAACUAUGAGAGAGAGAGGCCUCAAAUUUUACGUCCUUUCUUACGCUCCACGAAAAUCCGUGAAAAAAUUCGCGACCCGCGAAAAUCCGUGAAAAUAGGGUGAAUAAUGGAAAGCGAGACACUUAAGAAAAAGUUCAAUUUCAAAUGCAUUUUUAAGCCGAAUAAAUAUAUAAUUUUUUCAUUUUCUUUGCAUCAUGAGAUUGUUUGUGAAAUAUUCUAACAGAAUCUUAACAGUUUGUAAUAGAUAUUUCAACCAAUUAAUUGGAAUAUUCUAUCAAAUUAAAAAACAACACAUUUUGAAAAGAUGGACAAAAUUUUUGGAAAGCUGGACAUAUUGAUAUUAAUGACAAAAUAUCAUACGAAAUAUGUAGAAAAUAAAAUUUUGAGGGUUUUCUGUGUAUACUUGCAAAUUGGAUGGUAAUGCUAAUUCCUCCUUUAUGUCCGGUUAACAGUUCAGGAGCCCUAAUUGACAAGAACUUCCUGGACGUCAAACCAAAAAGAGGUUCUGUAAAUUUCACAGACGCCUCGCGCUGUCCAGCAGUUACAGCUUUAAAGCAGAUGAAACUUUUUAGCAGAUUUGGAUACUCAAUCCACCCAGGUCCUUUACCACUUCCUUUGGGAGUUCUGUAGAGGCUCCUCUUUGUCGUUCUCCAGAUGUUUUUUGCGAUAUUUACUAUCCAUUCUGUCAGAAAAAGUGGUCUUCGGAAUCUGGAAAUCUUUGCAGCCUUUCUGCAUGAGAUUUUCUCCUUAUCAGCUACUAACUGCGGUUGCAACUAUUUCUCUGGGUACCUAAGGAUCUUUGUCGUCUUUGUGAACAUGAUUUCACUGCACAAAACCACCAAAUUCAUUCACAAAAUCAACGUGUCCAAGAUUUCAUCAAACUUGUUUUGAAUGCUUGAAUCUCUUUUUUAACUGUAAUAUUUCACAAAUAUUUUUUAUUCACCUUUUAAAUGGAUGUAUGUCCUUCGAUUUUCACUACGGACUUAACAAUAUUUCACAAAUUAUGCUGAAAAAUCAAACAAAAUACUUUGAUAUUUUCCUAGCAACUCCGAUGAGAAACAGAAAAAAUGACAACUACUGUGUCAAGCUAGGUUAUGGAUAUCACGCAUGCAAUACAUUUUUAAAAUUCUUCUUGCAAGUCACCCUUUGAUUGUUUUAUAACGAUUUUUGCAUUUUUAACUUCUAAAAUAAUCAUAAAAUUAAAUUUAAUAAUCUUUUUAUCGAAAAUUUAAAUAUUUAUAUGAUUUAUUAUCAAGUUUUUAAGGAGGUGUCUCACAUCCCACACUGCUUUGUCCAACUUUCCAAACUGUCUCGCUUUAGGCAAAUGGCCCUAUACGCGCCCCGCGAAAAUCCGCGAGAAAAUACGCGCCCCAUGAAAAUCCGCGAAGAAAUUCGCGUCUCGCGGAGAUCCGCGAAAAAACGCGGAUCGCGAAUGGUAUAUGUCACAUUACAAAUCUUCGAAUACAGACUCACUAUGUAGAGAGAGAAAGAGAGAAAGUCAAAUCAUUGCUCUAUCUGCCGAUUUUACUCGUAGGUUUUUUGAAUUGUAACGGUAUAUUCUAGUACAUUUAGAGAAAUUCUGUAGAUUUUCGGCAGAAUUUCUACGUAGAAAAUCUGUAGAUUUUCGGCAGAAAUUCUACGGAAAAUCUGCAUAGUCUCCAUUGUCUCAACAAAAAUAUUGUUGAUUUAUCAAGACACUGCUGUAGAAGUUACAAAGAAAAUGGUAUGCUCUGCUUAACAAGUAUUACCGAUCAAACAUUUUAGAUAAAAAAGAUGCGAGCAAAAAUACUAAUUUCUUAAAAAUCGCCAAUCGAAUGAUACAAAAACACGAAAUUUAUGUCGACACUGUGUUUAAAGUUUUCACUUCACUAUUCUCUACUUAUAACACGACGUGGCAGAAUUAUUUAUUUUAUAUAAACACUGGAUAUCACCAAGAAUCACUCUAUUGAAUUUUGCAAACUUGAGUGAAAAAUAUUCCAUCUUUUCAGACACAGAUGUCUGGAAAGUCGGAAAUGUAGAAAAAUCUAUAGAAAUUCGUCAGAGUAUGUACCAGGAUUCGUCAGAAAAUCUGCAAAAAUUUCUGACGAAUUUUGUCCCAAGCCCAAAUAAAAUUCGUAGGAAUAUCUACCGAUUUAUCGGCAGAUUUUUAGCAGAAGUGUAGAUAUUUUCUGCAGAAAUCUUAAAGAUAUCUGACGAAAUUAUUUGACGGGGAGAGAGAGUGAUAUAAUAUGGAAAAGCUUGUUCGACGCCACUUCUCCCGCUUUUUUCCCGCCUGACGCUAUGAGCAAAUUUUCUUAAAAUUCAAAUUUUAAAGUGAAAUAUCUCGAGAACUGUUCGACGAAUGUCUUAAUUUUUUUUUAAAUUGGUCUAAAUUUUCUAGGCUACAAUAUAAACAUAAAAUUUUCAAAAUCGCAUGCUUAUAUUUCUAGAUAAACUACAAAACAUGAUUUUUAACCGAUUUAGAACCGGUUUUCCAAAAAACUAAUAACACAGAAAUCGUCGUACGCGGGCAUAUAUAUUUAAAAAAAAAUGAAAAUAUUUCUUUUCAAACCAGAGAUAUUGCGUACUACGGACGGCCUGCUGGAUCCGAAAUUGCCGGCUUAUGAUUUUCGGCAUCAGGGAUGUUCAAAACAUUUACCCUGUGAAUUUUAGCUCGAUCGGAGCACUUUGAGAAAAUUCGAGGAUUACAACAGAUGUGAUUAGAAGGAAUCACACCUAAAAACUUUCUCACGUUGUUCGAACAAAACAAUUUAUCCCUUUUCUUUUAGUUUGAGCGGUUUGAGCAAUCCAACAAAUCAAUAUUUUCACACUUUUUAAAUAUAGUAGACUCUCACUCAAUCGGCUCUUUAUCAAUCGGGCGACAAAUUUUGUUGACAAUUUUCACGUUUAAUUAUAAAACUAAUUUGCUCGAAUUCGCUGCAGUUCUUCCUAUUUUAUCGUGAUUCUUUAUAAUUGAGCGUUUUUUGUGGAAUUUACAAAGGCUUUGACGCUUAAUUCUAUCGCUAAACCGGAUGACAUUUUGCCCCAUAUUCCCGAUUGAGAGAGAGUCUACUGUAGAUUUCUUUUUGCAGAACAGAACUAGUGCCUCUAUAUUUUUAAAUGAAGGAUACACCUUUUCGGAGUGAAUAAGAGUGACAGUUAUAAAGACCAACAUGAGUUGUGCCCCUGUUUCACAAAAAUUGGAGAAAUAAAUAUUUUUUAAUAUUUAAAAAUUAAUUAAAUUUUCUAAGUAACAUCUAGCCCAACAAAAAUCUUGUAGUUUUCCUAAGAAAGUCCAGUAAUUUGACGAAAGUGUGCUUUGAAUUUUCGAUCAGAGCCUUUGUGGAUUUGCAGACAUUAAUGUCUUUAUUAUUAUUUCCCAAUAUUUAAACAUAGAAUUUAUUGCACUGAUUUCAACGGCAAAUAUUUUGCAUAGAGCAUUGUUCACAUGUUAAUAAAUAUUAAACACUAUAUCAAGUAUUUUAUUUCAAUUGCGUUAAUUGAUUGGUGGAAGCUUUGAAUGCUUUACUGUGUUAUCACACUUGCACAUUAAAAUUUUAAUAUGAUUCACAUUAAUUGUCGCUGGUGAGAGUCCAAAUGUGUAAUUUUUGUGUUUGAAUCAUUUUAUAUUCAAAAUUUGAUCUAUUUGUUGAUAAAAAGGUAGACUUGGCCCGCAAAAUUUGAUAUAAAUUGAUUUACAGCAUUAAUGCGAAAAAUUAAUGCGAUUUUCUCUUUAAUUUUUUAAUGUGAAAAAUAUUUAUGCUUUAGGUAAAUUUAAACUUAUUUUAGCAGGCCAAGUCCACUUCUUUAUCAAUAAAUAGAAAAACCCCAAAUAUUAAGUGACUCAAAGACACAAAUAACAUAUUUGGACGCUCACAAACGACAAUUAAUGUGAAUCACAUUAAAAUUUUAAUGUGCAAGUGUGAUAACGUCGGACACUCCAGCCAAUGAGAGAUCACGAUCGAACUAAAAUAUUUUAUAGGAUUAAAUAUUUAACUACGUGUGAAUGAUGUCCAAGACAAAAAAGGUAAUUUUGAAUUUUGAUUCAUCCGAGACAAUUCCUCCUUGUUGAAAAGAUCAUUAAGAUAAAAAGAUGCAUUUUUAGAGCAUCAUGUCUUGAACAUAUUAUUUUUUGGCAGCUUAAGAAAAAACAAGAAAAUGUUGUGUAGUAAUUUGUUGAUUAAUCAUGUAAUCAGAAUAAAAUCGACACACUAAUAUUUAAAAAACAAAAAAAAAUAUUUAUGAAAUAUUUGCUGAACAUUUCAGCGGAUUUCUUUCUAAACCAGAUAUAAAUAUCUAUAUUGAAAUUUUAAUUAGAAAGAAUAAAAAUAUUCAUGUAUAAAAAAUUUAUUGAUAUUUGACAAGAGAAAAUGAUUCUUCAUAUAUUUAGAAAAUGUUCUAAUUAAAAAUUAAAAGUGUAAUAAUAACAAGGAAGAAAAAAAAUUAUGCAUACAGAUGCAAUAUUUUCUUUUAUAUUUUCUUUUCAGUAAUUAUUUGUCGUCUGAAGAAAUGUUUAUUUGUUCAAAUGAAUGUGCAAGAAAAUAGAAUAAAAUAUUAGGUAAAAAAAAUUACAAUUUGUCACUUUGUUAUAUGUAAUUAUUGAAGAGAAAAUAAACGUGAGACACGUUGCAGAUUCUAAAAACAAACAGUAAUAAUUGUUAUUUAAUAAUAAAACUCUGAAUUAGAUUUCUUCCUUUAAAAAGAAAAAAACUUAAAAAGCAAAGCUUAGAGAAGCUUUAAUGACACAAAACAAAAUAUAUUACUAUAUUUAAUUUAGAGUCCAAAGAAUGUUCUCACUAAAAUAUUUUUGCUAUUUGCAGAAAUAACUUGAAAUUAAAAAAAAUAUAUAAGAGAUUGCAUUGAAAAUGCAGAAAAUGUGCAUUUUUUUUUUAAAUAAUAAGUAAUGACAGUAAAAAUACGAGAAACUUUUUAUAGUUCAAGAAAAUAGCCAAAGUUAUUUACUCUCUACUUUUAAUUUUACAUUUUGAUUAAUAAAAGAUUAAGAGAGUAAAAAACCUCUAUAAAUAUUUUUUUUUAUUUUCAAAAUAUAUUCAACAAAUUUUUCAUUCCAAUAAAUAUAAAUAGAAAACUGAAUAUUUUUACAUAAAUUGUUUUUUUUUUUGCCCACAGAAUGAAAACAUAUUUGUCAAAAAAAAAGUAUUUUUAAAAUAAAAGAAAAUGGCCAAUAAAAUAAAAUGUAAGCAUUUCUAACAAAAUUAAAAAAAUUAAAGAAAAAUAAAACCCUAAUAAAAAAAAAGUAAUUUGCCUCUGAAACACAUUCCUCAAAACACGUAAGAUUAUUAAAAAGAAAAUAAAUAAACAAAUAAGAGAAUUUUCGCAUAACAUAGUAUUUUUAAUGAAUAAAAGGUUUCCACUUCCAUACAACCUAAUCAUAAUUACAAUACCGGUGAAUUUAGAAGAGAUAACUCUUAAGAUCAAUACUAAAGAAAAAAAAUAACGUAGGAUCAUAGGUAAUUAAAAAAAAAAGAAGGAUUUAAUGAAAGAAAAAGAAAAAUACAUAUAUUUUUCGAUAAACACUAUGAAAAGUCUUCUAGAAUUUGCAAAAAAAAGAAAUAGAAAGAAUUCAUAUAUUUUUUCAUGAAUGAAGAAAAAAAUUAGAUUUUUCAGAGAGAAAAACAUGAAUAAAAUAUAGCCAAAAAAUUUUUCAUCACAAAUAAAUUGUGAAUUUAACAAAAUAGAGCACUGGCAAAUUUACCUCAGCUUGAAAGAAAAAAAAAUAAUAACCAAGAUACUUAUAUUCUAAUGAAAGCAUUUCCAAGAGUUUCUAUUCUAAUAAAAAAAAAAAACAAAGAAAAAAAUGUCGCAGAAUAAAUUCCAUUUGUAAGGAAUUUGGCCAAAUUAUUUGAACCUUCAAAGGGACAAAAGAAAAUUGAAUAAACUCCGUAGAAUUAAAAAAAAAGAAAUCCCAGAAAUAUUUUCUAAAGAAAAAAAGUUAUACAUGUAAAACAUCAACGGAAGCUAAAUGUGAAAAAAUAUACAGAAAAAAAAACAUUAAUCAAUUGUAAAUUUACAAUAUUUUACUUACAGUUAUAUUG